AUGGGUCAUAUUGAAAACAAUCUCAUCAAGUGCGGCGUGUGCAAGAAGCUUGACGCAGAAAGUCCAACGAUAUCUUACCCUGAUGUCAAGAAUGGUCGUCCAUGCAAAGGAAAGAAGAAGGAUCCGGUCACAAAUAUCAAACAUGUUGAUCCAGAGACUUGUUCGAGAGGCACACAACCAGACGAAGACGAGCCAGACGAGCCUGCAGCGCAGGGAGGACAGUGA